AUCUGUCUACAAAACCGUGGACGUAAAACAGUAUAAUUAUGGCGACCAAGAUAAUAUGAUUCUAACCUAAAAAAUACUUAUGUCAAGUCAAAGUGAAUCGAACGAGAUGUAAUAUUGACGAAAAUUUGUAUUCCGUUCACGUUUUUAACCAAAAUGCUUUGACGUUACACGACUGUUGUGCACAUGAGAUUUGUGUUGGUGUGCGGGCGCGGGAUUUUUAAUUGCAGAACAAUAUCUAUUUUACUUUUCUUGCCAUGAAAUCUACUAAAAACAUUGGAAGUGGUACCUUGUGGGGAGAAUUACCAGCAAGAGAAACUCUCAAGCCGGAAGUUAUAACUCCAGAUAUUAUAGAAAAUGUCUGGAGGCAAGUUAUGGAAGAAUUGAAUAAUGUAGAUUGUGAUUUUCAAAUUGAUAGGCAACCUGAAUAUAUACAGCUACCUGUGGGAAAUCUUCAUGUCUUGAACACUAUAAACUUUCAUCAACAACUGAGGAUGAUGGAGGAAGGAAUGGUGUUGGGAAAUAUGACUACAAUUGAGGCACAAGACUUACAAGAUGUGAAAGAGUCAGAAAACUCAUUUCAUUUUUUACCUGUACAGAAAGAAAGAACUGCAUUCAAAGAUUCUUCUACAGUGCAUUAUCUCACACCAGAAACAGCACGUUCCAUAUUGAGACAUGCAGUCAUUAUUCUUUUGGCUCACAUUGGAUUUGAAAAAUCAUCGGAUAUAGCUAUAGAAACGCUUGCAGAUAUCGCGGAUCAUUUUCUGAGAAGAAUGACGCUUUUAAUGAAAGUAGCAUACGAACAAAGAGAUCAUGGCUUUCCCGAUAUAGUGGAGAGGGUUUUAUUGGAAACAGGCGUUGGCGGGGUGGCUGCGCUUCAUGACUACUACCAGGAAUAUGUCUUGAAGUUUGAAGGAAACAUGAAAAAGAAGGUUGAAGCCAUGAUGGAAAAACAGAGGCAACUUAAAUUUAAUGCUUGUAGUUCUAAAAUGGUCUUAGACGAAGCUGCCAAUAAACUGCAAUUCGAAGAACUUGAUGAAUUCGGUAAUGUCUAUCGAGAGGUACCGACUCUUCAAUUGCUGGAUCCUGAAAUGGGUUUCCCUCCUAGUCUUGACGCUGGUUUUCAAAUGUUAUACAGUCUUGAACAAGACGAGUUAAACAGCUUGGAGGUAGAAGAAGAAGAAGUUAAUGUUAGUGAUUCUCCGAGUACUGGACAACGAUCAGACACGUCAAUGGAUAAAAAAAAAUGUUGAGAUAAUCGUACAAUUAUAAUUUUGCUUUCGUGUCUUGUACGGGGAGAAAUUAUAAUAAAUUCUUAAUAUAAUUGAUGUUUCUUAAGAUCA